AUGUCUCGUGAUCCCAUCGUCCGAGCCUUGCACGACUUCACCAGCUGCGAUGUCGCCGACGCCCUCCUCAAAUUGAACCAUCCUCAUGGUGGUUUCUUGGCCGAUCUCACAAUGUGGUCGCCGAAACGGCAAGAUGGGCCUACGAAGGUGAUCGGACCGGCAUACACGGUAAAGUACGUCCGCAAGAAUCACGGCACAGCUCCAACGCAUCAGGGGCACUACAUCGAUACCAUCCCACCCCACUCCAUCCUCUUCAUCUCCGCCCCCUCCCACACCAUCAACGCAGUCUACGGCGGCCUAAUGUCCACCCGCGCCCAACACUCCGGCGCUGUCGGCACCAUCGUCGACGGCCGCGUGCGCGACUUGCAGGAACACCGGGACCUACAGUAUCCCGUCUUCGCGAAAGAUGUAGGCACGACGGCACCGCAGGAGGUUCUGCGCGUCGACGAAGUGAACGUGCCGGUGCGGUUGCAGAGCGAGGAGCAAGAAGCGAUUGUUUAUCCGGAGGAUUAUUUGAUUGGCGAUCUGAACGGCGUGGUGUGUUUGCCGAAAGGGUUGGCGGAGAAGGCGGUCGCGUUGAUGGCGAGUCAGGUGGAGGCUGAUGAGAGGAUUGCGAGGGAUUUGGCGGAGGGGAGGCCGUUUGGGGAGAGUAGUAAGGAGCAUAGAGCUAAGGUGAAGAAGGUCGAGGAUCUCUGA